AUGGGGCUUACAUUCACCAAACUCUUCAGCCGGUUGUUUGCCAAGAAAGAGAUGCGUAUAUUGAUGGUGGGUCUCGAUGCAGCUGGUAAGACCACCAUUUUGUACAAGCUCAAGCUUGGCGAGAUUGUCACAACAAUCCCUACCAUUGGAUUUAAUGUGGAGACUGUUGAGUACAAAAACAUAAGCUUCACAGUUUGGGAUGUGGGGGGUCAAGACAAGAUUCGUCCACUAUGGAGGCACUAUUUCCAGAACACACAGGGUCUUAUCUUUGUGGUUGAUAGCAAUGACAGGGAUAGAGUUGUUGAGGCAAGAGAUGAGUUGCACAGGAUGUUGAAUGAAGAUGAGCUAAGAGAUGCAGUUCUCCUUGUAUUUGCUAACAAACAAGAUCUGCCAAAUGCAAUGAAUGCUGCUGAAAUCACUGAUAAGCUUGGUCUCCACUCCCUCCGACAACGCCACUGGUACAUCCAGAGCACCUGUGCUACUUCUGGGGAAGGACUUUAUGAAGGUUUGGACUGGCUCUCCAACAACAUUGCUAACAAGGCAUGAUCUGAGGAGGUGAUUGUAUUUUGAGGAGGCAGCAUAUUCUGGUUCCUGAAAGCAGUCAUCAUUAAAAAGAAGAGGUGCAGACUCU